AAGUCUGUGCAGUGGCGAAACGCACAGUUCGCUUUGGAUUUAUACCCAGCCAGUGCCUUCUAGAGCACAACCUCUUUUUGGAUGUAAUCAUAUCAAGCUGAUAUUUUCACAUCGAUGUUUUGCUCUUUUGAACCUUUUUUUUCUUCUUUUUUUUUGCAACUGUUGGACGGAAUUGUGCCACAUUGGAGCUUUCUGUUGCGCUUCAAGGGACGAUACAUGCUAUCCAUACGCGUGGUUCAACCUUUUCCUGAAUGCUUGUUGUCCUUGCAUGGCAUGAGUCAAAUAUAAACAGCUGAUGUAUGUAUGUGUGCAUGUGUGUUUUGUAACUGUUCAAUCAAUCUUUUCAAUCUUUGCAACUGGUGUGUGGAGAGUAAAUGGCCAUAAGGCGUCCACCUCCCAGCGCGCACAAGUCCCUGUGAUGUGGAUCUGUUACACUUUGUCAAGCUUUUGUAUGACUAAAGCCGGAGAUUUCCUACCGACCGGACACAGUUUGAGGAGAUAAAAGUUUUUUUUUUUUUGUGUGUGUGUGUGUGUGUCUUCAACGACUUUUUCCAUCACGGUAUCAAUGAUGACUGAGAACAAUGAGAUGGAGAGCGAGACGCAGCUCCAGCGCUCUCCAAGCACCAUGUCCAUCCAACCGAUGACAUCCAAGCUCCAGAGACUAAAACGCUCUCUGUCCUUCAAGACCAUCAUGCGUAGCAAAAGCGUGGAGAACUUCUUCCAAAGGUCCUACAGCGACGCUCGCCUGCCCCCGGAUUUCAUCACUGACCCGCCACCUCCUUCUCCUCCACUACUACCUGGUUCUCCUCUCGUCAGCGACUGCUCACCAUGCAUUUCACCAUCUCUCAGCCCCAACCCCUCCAUCUCCUCCCACUCCCCCUCUCUCAGCCUUUCCCCAUCACUGCCCACCAAGCCUCUCCGACCUCAGAUUACCCACUGUUUCCAGGACCACGUCUUUCGCAAGCCCACCAACUGCCAGCACUGCAAGCACAUGAUAGUCGGAAACUCCAAACAGGCUCUGCGGUGUAAAACGUGCAAGAUGGCUGCUCACCUGUGGUGCACCUCAGAACUAUCGCAGCAGCCAUGUCAUGGGAAGUCUGGAGCGUUCAAGCGAAACUUCAGCUCGCCGAUGCUUGUCAAUGACCAAUUGACUGUCGUCAAGGAGGUUCAACCGAGCCAAGAGGCUGCGCGGAUGCGUGUAGACCCUGUGUAUGCUGCCUUGCGCUACGGGACGUCCUUGGCGCAGAUGAGCCGCUCCAGUUUUGGCAGUUUGUCAGAGUCACCAACACGCAGCCUGGGGGAGGGAGGUGAGGAGAGUCAGCAGAGACAGUGCAGCAUGGAGGAAGAGAUAACUCAGGAGACAGGGGACACUCCUGUCCCCGACACAGAGAUCGAGAAGGAAGAAGAAGAGAGCAGCGGCCAAGUUCAGACUCCUGCAGAGGAUAACAGUGUGAAGGUGCCCAAACGCAUUGAAGUUCAUUCCAUCCACACCUAUGUAGCGCUCUACAAGUUUCUGCCUCAGGAACAGAAUGACCUGGAACUACAUCCCGGUGAUCGGGUGCAGGUCACUGACGACUCUAAUGAAGAGUGGUGGAAGGGCAAGAGUGGUGACAAAGUGGGCUUCUUCCCUGCCAACUUUGUGCAGAGGGUGCGGCCAGGAGAGAGAGUAUGGCGGGUUGUCCAGGGUCUUCCCGGCAACCGAGAGAGAGGACACAUGGCCGUGAAGGAAUCCCAGAUCUGUGUGGGGAAGCUCGAAGACGGCGAGGUGUUUCUGAAGCUGAGCAGUGGGAAGAAGAGAGGGCUGGUCCCUGCUGACUCCAUAGAGGAGAUCUGAGCCUCUGUGCAUACACCACCCCCCUUCCACUUCUACUUCCCCCCCUCGGACGCAUACAUCUUUAAACUAGCACCAUCACUCCUCCCCCAUCUUCCCCUUGGCACAAAGACAGCCAAAGCCUCUCCGCCCAGUCCUUACUGACUUAAACCAAACACAGAGAAACUGGACACACACCUCUGUAAAGAGCUGGAACCACAGCCCCUGAUGAACACAUGGUCUCUGGUUGAAUUGGUUUACUGCCUUUAAUACAGGUGUACAGUUAUGCAGUAAUCCUGCUUUUAGAAAGGAACUGUUUCUCAGUAGUCUAGCGUUACUGUAGUUUUAUCUUUCUAAUACAAAAAUAAAUGUUUAGGGUGCACAAGUUGGAAAUGCUUUAUAUGUAUAUAUAAGUAUAUAAAUAUGCUUGCUGGAUGAUGGUGCAAAUUUAGUUUUUCCACAUCAAACAAUAUCUACAACGUGAGACGAGGCCUAUAAUAGGAACAUGAUGCUUCUGUCAGUGUCCUUUUCUUGUUUCUACCCACUGCGUAUGUCUCAUCCCUAUCUGCUCAUGUCAGGGUCUCUAGCCUGGGGACUGAUAUCAGCUUCAUAUAGGCUGGUGCAUGACAUGAGGCACUCGCCAAGGACAAGACACUGCCAGCCAGAAAAAGCUACUGCCACUCAGACAGCCCAGAGACUCAGAUGAAAGGAGUGCACACGAUCCGUAAAUCCUCAGCAGUGUCAAGCUGAGUUAUAACUGCGCUCGCCACCUUCAGAGUGCAGAAAUGAGAAGAUUUUCAAAGAAAAUUGGAGGCUCUGAAGAUCUUUUCAGGGGAAACUCAAAAACUUUUUUUCCUGACUUUUUCAUUAUAAAAUAACUGAAAAUAUGAUACGAAAAUGUGUCAGAAUAUGUUUUUUUCAGCAUUUGCGCUAAGAGAAAUGUUUUGCAAAACAAAGUUUCCCUUUUCAACAAUCCACAAGACAAGAACUUAAACUUCCGGGAAUACAUUUUGGUGUAAUGUAUUUUGAGGUAACAGAAACAGCAGUGGUUGUCUAGGGUCUAUAUUUUGUUGUCUU